CUCUCUUCGUCUUCUUCGUUGGCGCUCCGGAUAACGAGAGAGCGAACAGUGAGAGAGAGGCAGAGAGAGAGCUUGAAACCCUUGCCCUAGAUUUUGGAAACCCUAGGUUUCUUGCUCUUUUGAUCUUCGAUAUCGUUUGAGGCUGCAUGAGUGGGAGCAGAGAAGGCGGAGAGGUUGGUCCGAGGUUCUUGAAGCAUCCAUGGGGUUGGUUAUCAUCUCUUCUCGGCCUCCGAUUUCUUCUUUUCUUCAAUCCAGGUCUUCUCGAAUCUCAAGAACUCCGCCGGUUUCAUCUCGAUCUCGGCGUUGGAUUCUUGCCCCGGGUUCACCGUUGCCGCCCGUGCGGCGUCCCAUUUUCAGAUUGAAGAAUUUCAUUUCUAAUUGUUCCAUCACAAAUGUCGAUAUUGAUACUGAGAGCAUCACAACUGAAGACCAAGGACAAGGCGAUCUUUCAUCUCUUUCAUCUUGUUGCUCUAUUCCAGUUGUACAUAUCACACAAGAUAUUCUAGAUGCACAACCUCUGAAUUUAGUAACAGAGGAGAAUUAUAAAACUUCGCUUUUUACAACUUUGCCGGUUCUGUCUGAAGAAGAACAAGUUGCUCUCUCAGCCACUCCAGCUCAUCCUGCUGGCCUAUAUGCUCUAUACGCUAUUUGCUCAGCUGGAAAUUUAGUGGAACAACUAUGGAACUUUGCUUGGCCUGCUGCCGUUGCCAUACUGCAUCCAAGUCUUUUACCUGUUGCAGUUUUGGGCUUCUUUACAAAGCUGGCAAUUUGUGUUGGGAGCCCUUUGGUUGGUGAUCUUAUGGACUCCUUUCCUCGUAUCCCUGCAUACUACAGUUUGAAUAUUGUACAGACAAUUGCACAGCUGCUAUCAGUUGCGAUGAUCAUACAUGCUCUCAAGACAAUUCCCCACAGUCCUGCGUCAGCUGUGAUCCUGCAACCUUGGUUUAUUGUGUUAGUUUUAGCUGGGGCUAUUGAAAGGGUUGCAGGGUUGGCAUUGGGGGUCACUGUUGAGCGUGACUGGGUUGUGCUGUUAGCAGGCGCAAAUCGGCCGAUUGCACUAGCCCAAGCAAAUGCUAUGCUUAACCGAAUUGAUCUUCUUUGCGAGAUAGCUGGGGCUUCACUUUUUGGUAUUUUGUUGUCCAAGUAUGAUCCAGUCACCUGCUUAAAGCUUGCUUCGGGACUGAUGAUAUUCGCCCUACCUGUCUUGAUUUUACUGGGUCAAUUGAUUAACAAGCUUUCAAGUGGUGUGCUUGAUAGCUUCAGGUUACCUCAGACUGGUGUGAACUCCUUCAAAGCUGAUGCCUUGCUCAAUCCAUGGAGAAUAGUGCAGAAGGGCUUGGAUGUCAUCAAACGGGGCUGGUUAGAAUACAAACAGCAGCCUGUUCUGCCUGCUAGUGUGGCUUACGUGUUUUUAUAUUUCAAUGUUGCUCUUGCUCCCGGUGCCAUAAUGACUGCUUUCUUAACACAUCAUGGUAUAAGCCCAUCGAUUAUUGGUGGUUUUAGUGGGCUGUGUGCAUUCAUGGGUGUUUCAGCAACAUUUAUGUCUGCUGCUCUAGUAAAAGAGUUUGGCGUAUUGAAGGCGGGGGCAGCUGGCUUGAUAUUUCAGUCUUCUCUUCUAAUGAUUGCUGUUGCUGUUCUUCUGAGCGGUUCAGUUUCCCGGCAAAAUUCUUUAUAUGUUUUCCUAUAUUUAGUUGUGCUCUCAAGGUUGGGUCAUAUGUCAUAUGAUAUUGUAGGGACACAGAUUCUUCAGACUGGGAUCCCCACUAACAAAGCAAAUUUAAUAGGGACCACUGAGAUUUCAAUUGCAAGCCUUGCCGAGCUUGUAAUGUUGGGUGUGGCAAUACUUGCAAAUGAUGUCUCACAUUUUGGUUUCUUGGCCAUACUUUCAGUGUCCUCUGUGAUUUGCGCUACAUGGAUCUUCUGCCAGUGGCUAGCUAAUCCAACUGAUGAGCACCGAAAGCUCUUCAACUUUGAUCCUCAGUUUGGACCUAAUGUGAGGUGAUAUUCUAUGAUAGGUAACAGCUCCGCUUGAUUCACCCAUGUAUCCCAGUGAUGGUGCAACAAAUAAGGUUAUAACAGGCGAGGUGGAUGUCACUUAACAAAAUAUAUUAUCACUGAAACAUAGAGUUGAUGGAUGCUACUAUCACUAACAAUGCAAUUUAGAUUAUCAUGCAAACGGAUUCCUCAGUGGUUCUUCACAACCUCUAAUGGUAUCAUUGUAUGGCUCUGGAGACAUUCUUCGGUCACACCACCCUCUGUAAAGAUUCAUGCACAGGUUCAUUAUUGAACACCAGUAAACUCGGUUUAAAGGGGCGCAACUGGCUAAGCCGGAUGUUCUUGUAACGAGAGUCAUUUGAUCUACAGUCAAAAAGAAACAGGCAUAUGUUGGUAGUCGUAAUCCAUCUGAAAAGUCAAUUAAAUCCCUCAAGCAGUAAUAAUAUUAGCUUCCUCUCAGCCAGGCAAAUGUAACCUAUGAUCGUUCAUAGAUAUAUAACAUGUGCAAAUGUGUGUAUGCACAUUGUUAUUGAGUUUCUUGAA